AUGUGGAAUAAAAUUAGCUCAUUAAUUUUCUGGCUUCACCAACCUGAUCAUGUCGCACGAUUUCAACGUUAUUUCGGUGUUUUACAAAUAUUUAAUUCUCAACCUGAUCUGAAAUCAAAAUCUGAUAAAAAAAAUUUCAAUAAAACUCAAAGCAAUAAAAUCAAAUCGUCCAUUCCUAAUGGCGUAUACCAUCCAUAUCACGAAAGAAAAGUAACUUACGAUACAAAUAUAUUGGAUGAAUGCAUUCAAGAACUUGAACAUAGUAGCAGUAAAGUUGAAGAAGAGAAAAAUAUUUCGUCUCCUAUUGAUUAUAAAAUAACAUCAUGGUUUUGGUAUUAUUUUUUUCAAUUUGGAUCAUCACUGGGAAACGAAAUUUUCUAUAUCCUAUUUUUUCCAACAUGGAUAUGGAAUGUUGAUGGAUGUGUAGCAAGAAAAGUUGCAAUACUUUGGGCAUUUUUUAUGUAUGUUGGACAAGCAACAAAAGAUAUUUUAACUAUGCCGAGACCAUCGUCACCACCUGUUGUACACUUAGAGAAACGUUAUGUGAAAGAAUAUGGUUUUCCCUCUACACAUGCUAUGUUUGCAACUGGUAUUCCACUUUCAUUUGUUCUUUUGUCGUAUCAAAGAUAUGAUUUUCCUCUCUGGAUUGGAUUGAUUUGUGCAGCAAUUGUUUGUAUAUGGGUUUGCCUGAGUCGAAUCUAUCUUGGCAUGCAUACAUUCCUUGAUAUUAUUGGAGGUACUUUGUAUGCAUUAUUAUUGAUCUAUAUAAUGUUUCCAUAUAUUAAUACAAUUGAAGAUUUCCAGUUAAAUUUGAUACUAUCUCCUGUAAUUUGUUUUUUUCUUGGUAUAUUUUUAAUAAAAUGUUAUCCAAGUGUAAAGGAGUGGUCAACAGCUCGUUCAGAUACAACUGUGAUAUUAGGCAGUACGUUUGGUUUAUUAUCGGCCGCAGCAAUUAUGCACAAAUUAGGUCUCUUAGAACGACCAUUAACACCACCGGUUUACUCCAUAAUUGCGCCAAAUCUAGGUUUUUGUGUUCUGCGUACAAUAAUUGGCUUACUUAUUGUCUAUGCAACACGACAAUUAGUUAAAACAUGUGUUCUACGUGUAACAAGUGCUCUAUAUGGACUUGAUUGGAAAGAUCCUGAAAUAAAACGUUUUGCUAAAGUUGAAAUGCCAUAUUACUAUUUAACUUAUUUUUCUGUCGGAUUUAAUAUUGCUUUUGCAUGUCCACUAGUUUUUCGUCUGAUUGGUAUUAAUCGCGAUUAUAGUUACACAGAACUGUGA